UCGAGGCAAGAACUUUUCUCUAAACUUGCUUCCUUGUGUGGGUGUGUGAGGAAGGGAAGGUGGGAGGAGGAUCCGAGAGACCCAGAAGGGGCUUAGAGGGGAAGUAAAACCAGGGCUCUCGCUUCUGGGAUAUUUAUAUAAUGCAAUGGACAGCCAGCAGCAGAAUAACCAGCAGUAUUUCCGAUCGGAUAGCAGCGACUCCUCAGCAUGCAUGAUGGGGUCCGGAGCAGGGCACAAGGACGAGCCAGGCUCCGGGAAGAGGAGAAAGAAGCAUUGUAGCCCGGUAUGGAUCGCCAUGGCUGUGAUGUCCAUCCUGGCUCUGCAGAUCGCCUCUACCACGGGGCUCUUCGUGUAUUUCACCAUGUCGAUUUCCAAGUUAAAAGCCCAGACACAGGGGAGCUCAGAGGAGCUGAAGUGUUUGCAGCUGAUCAACAGAUUGCAGGAAGUCUCAGACUUGGAGGAACUGAUUGGCAACCAGUCCUGCCUCAAGCUGGCCAGCAGCAUCAAAUCCUACGUGACCAUGGUGACAGAGAACAUUAUCCACAGUAGCGCACUGAAGGAAGCCAGGAGGAGCUAUUUCAACAGCUCCAGUGGGCAGCUGGCUACAAGAGCACCUGGCAAGCCCUCUGCCCACCUCACCCUCCGGCAGCAGAGCCCUUCCCAGGACGGAAGCUCAGCACACUUUGGGGAGCUCUCCCAGUCCUGCCGACACCCCAUCACCAGGUGGGAGGACAAGACCAUGCACUCACAUCUCCAGAACAUUACCUACCAGGAUGGCAAGCUGCGGGUGAGCCAGGCGGGCAAGUACUACAUCUACUCGCAGAUCUACUUCCGCUACCCCAGCGAGGGCGUCGCAGCCCGCGUCUCGGGGCACCAGCUGGUACAGUGCAUCAACCGCGAGACCUCCUAUGGGCAGCCCAUCCUGCUGCUCAAGGGCGUCGGCACCAAGUGCUGGGCACCCGAGGCAGACUAUGGCCUGCACGCCCUCUACCAGGGUGGCCUCUUCGAGCUCAAGGCCGGUGAUGAGCUUUUCGUCUCCGUCUCGUCCCUGGCCAUCGAUUACGACGAUACAGCGGCCAGUUACUUCGGGGCCUUCCGGCUUGAACUGUGAGGGGGUGGGGUCUGUGUUUAAAUCCUCCUCCCAUUGGACGAUCCCAUUGCAGACUUUGUUGAUGUCGCUGCCCGUCAUGGGCCAGCUAUGACAAACCUGGUCAAGGCUUUGAUCCGGUCAUUGUUUCUGCCUUGCAAAUCCACCUGUCCCAGCAGGUUAUGGAUGCUGUGACGGCUGCCAGGCCCAUGGAUGGUGGCCAGGACAACUGCUCUCCUUGACUUAUGGGGCGAUGCCCUGAUUCCGUUCCCAUUGGGUUUUGCCUUUGGAGGGCUGCCCCCCAUAGCUGCAGAACAGUCGUGGUCCCCUGUGGGGUGGAAGAGCCAGGGGGGCACCUCCAAUGCACCCCCCACCCCAUCAUGGAGUCAGAGCCAUAGGAGGAGGCAGCAAACUGUGUGGAGGUCUCCAGUGAGAGCAGAACAGAGCUCCUCACCCCGUCCUCAGGGUGUUGGUGCCUUCCCCAGGGGUAGGCGCAGGGAGACGCCCUUACAUGCUGUGAAACUCACCCUUCAGAUCCCUGAGGGGGUAAAGCCCGGGGGGAGCAAUAAGAGGGUCCGUUUCUCUCCCCCAGCACACCCACCCCACACGUGGAAAGGACUCAGCUGUCAGCACACUGCAUACAGCCUCCUACCUGGGGGAAGGAGCCAGGCCAGGGAACAUGGGUCUGCUCUGUUAGGACGGAGCAGAUUGUAUCUGAUCCAGCCAGCACCAGCUUUGGAGCAGGCGUCACAAAACACACGACGACGAUGCCUUGAGAUAAUGUGACACAUGCACAGCCACGUCAUAGCGGUGUGAGGGGAAUGUGACAUGGUGCAGCGUGAUGGCAUCAAAUCUGCACAUGAGGCUGUGCCACACCAUGUCGCCACCUUGGUGUCCCCGUAACCAGGAUGUGACAGUCCAGUGUGGGUCUGAAUCCAGGUCCUUCUCCCACUAGGUCACCUGGGUCCGGAGCAUCUGCCUCUGUGCAGUACAGCAAGCUGCAUUUUGUCUCAACACACAGCCAGAGGGAGGAAAGCAGAGACCAGGGAGUGAGAUGACAGCAGAGUGUGCUCACUGUAGGCGGGGAAUGUAGGUCAGUGGAUUGGGUUCGCCCUUCUUUGCUCUUCCUGCCCUGCUGCACAGGUAGGUCUGAGACAGCCUGCAGGUAUCUAGAGCUGGGUCUGAGCCACGCACAGACACGUUCUGCUUUCACCGAAGGUGGGAUUUUAAUCCGAUACAACUCUGCAGGUGCACACCGCUAAAUCUGUGUAAGAGGGUCUUAACUCAUGUUAGCUGAAGACAGUUUGUAAUCUACUUAAGUGAAACUGGUUUGAGACCUUCUGAAAUGGACUUGAGUGUCUAUGGUGGGGGGGGGGGGGUGGCACUGAUGGAACUAAAUUAGCUUCUAAAUCAGCUUAGUUAAAUGAGUGCAUGAGCCGUAUAGACAAACCCAAAGCAACCCUGAGAGCGCCAGCAGCUCCACAGGACCCUCUCCCACCCAUCCACUUCAGCACACACCUCCCCUCUUCAGUGACGCACGGUUUACACCACGCCUGUCAGAAAGGACUUGAUGCUACCAGGAUUCUGCGUUAACAUCCCCUCCUUGGUAUUUGCUGCUCUGGUGACCCAGCUUGGAGCUGGUAUGACUGGCUGCUAAUGGACAGGAAAGAAGAAAUGCUGGUUUUAGAUGCCAUUCGAGGUGGGGUUAGUUUUUAAAGGGAAAGAAAAAGUUGUUAGGGCCAAGCUGUAGGUUUAGUGGAAGGAGACGGAGCAGUUACAGAGCCUGUGCUAUGCGGUUACAGAGCCUGUGCUGAACAGAUUUCAACGAAUGUUUCUCCCUGGAAACACUUAACAGUUGGCUUUCCCUGGCUGAAAGUGACUCCGUGAAAACAGCAUCUUCUGACUUGCAGAUCUGCCUGCCAUUUGGAUCAGUCAGAGCUUCAGAAACAAAAUAUGCUUUAUUCCUAUCAGCCCUGCUGAGACAGCGCAUCUGAGAGCGUGCAAGCUGGAUUCCAUCCUGGCUCAUGCAUCACUAAGACCAGUAUUGUUAACUAAGGCCUUGUCUGCACUGGGAUUUCAGCCAGCAGUAGAGCUGCAAUUAUGCAAAACCUCUGGUGUAGACACAAUUUACACCAGUGUGGU